UGCAUUUCCGCUCACUAUACCCACGUUGUAGCGUUUAUCAAGCUACGUUCAGUGGGCACAAUAUUGUAAGGAAAUUAGCGAAUAAUUUACCAAAAUGAGGCCUCUAACAGACGACGAGACAAAAACCAUGUUUGAGAAACUCUCCAAAUACAUUGGUGAGAACAUUAAACUCCUUGUGGAUAGACCUGAUGGGACAUAUUGCUUCAGACUUCACAAUGACCGUGUGUAUUACAUCAGUGAGAGAAUUCUGAAGUUGGCGACCAACAUCUCCCGUGAUAAGUUGGUGUCGGUGGGUACCUGCUUUGGGAAGUUCACCAAGACCAUUAAGUUCCGCCUGCACAUCACAGCGCUGGACUUCCUGGCACCGUAUGCCAAGUUCAAGGUGUGGGUGAAGCCUGGGCAGGAGCAGUCCUUCCUCUAUGGGAACCACGUGUUGAAGUCUGGUCUGGGGAGGAUCACAGAGAACACUAACCAGUACCAGGGAGUGGUGGUCUAUUCCAUGGCAGACGUACCACUGGGUUUCGGAGUGGCAGCCAAGUCGACCCAGGAGUGCAGGAGAGUGGACCCCUUGUCCAUCGUUGUGUUCCACCAGGCGGACAUUGGAGAGUUCAUCAGGUCUGAGGACACGCUCACAUAGAGGAGUCUUCACAAACUGGACUAUCAAUUAUGCACAGUAGUACUUCCCAACCCUCUCCGCAGGGACCACCAGGGGGUUGGGAAGUACAGCUAUGUGAAAACGUCUGGUGGUCCCCGAGGAGAGGGUUGGGAAGUACAGCUAUGUGAAAACGUCUGGUGGUCCCCGAGGAGAGGGUUGGGAAGUACAGCUAUGUGAAAACGUCUGGUGGUCCCCGAGGAGAGGGUUGGGAAGUACAGCUAUGUGAAAACGUCUGGUGGUCUUGGAGAGGGUUGGGAAACCCUGGUCUACAGGAUACGAUUGUGUAUUUCCCUGUAAUUACCAUAGGGCCAGUGACUGUCUGGAUAGUUUCAUCAAGAUGACAGCAUCCAACAUCCCAUCACUAUGGCUGAAUCCUUAGUGAUGUAAAUCACCAAAUCUAAUUGUUUUCUGUCCCUGGAUUUGUUCUGUAAAUUGAAUAUUGGGGUUUUGUGUAGUUUUCCUAAUCUGUAUGGAUCUCUGGUUUGAGCAUGGAACUACUGUUUGAGCGAUUAACAUAAAUACUAUUAUACAGUUAAUAAUUACAUCUGCAUAACAUUAAAACUUGUGAUAUACUGAAAUGUAUUUUUUUUUUCCUACAAAUAAAACGAUCAUAAAAUGUUG